UACGCCGAGAUGGCGCAGGACGGCACGCGUCAAGACAGCGGACCAGAGGUCCCCCGCCCCCGCCACCGUCUGCUGCCCUCCUGCCGUCUGCUAGUGACGCUCAUGUGCCUGGUGGGCAACGCUGUGGCCAUGGUGGGCCGAGUGCAGACCGGCCUUGCCGUACUGUGCAUGGUGCGGAACGUGCCGGACGACCCGGCCCUGGACAACGUCACCGCCUCGGUCAACGUCACGGCAGGCCAGGGAGAGUUUGCGUGGAGCAAGCAGUUCCAGGGCCUGGUGCUGUCCGCCUACUUCUACGGCUACGUAGCGACGCUGGUUGUCGGCGGCUGGGUGGCUGAUAGGUACCCCAGCCACAGAGUCGUAAUCUGCAGCGCGCUCUCCCAGGCCCUGCUGCUGGCGCUGAUGCCAGAGGCGACGCGGCUGUGGCCAGCUAGCUUCGUCAUUCUCAGAGUGAUCCAGGGCGUGGUAACGUCGCCGUUCUUUUCGGGUUUCAACGUGAUUCUCCGCAACUGGUCUGCGGCCGGCGAGUUUGCGCUGCUGUUCUCCAUAGCCUGGAGUGGGCUAUACCUGGGCAGCGCCGCCGCCUUCCCGGUGACCAGCGCGCUCUGUCAGUCCCACGGGCUCGGAGGGUGGCCGGUGGUCUUCUAUGUCUGUGCGAUGGCCUCCGCCAUGUGGGCGCUGGUCGCCUGUUUCGUGCUGACCGAGUCGCCAGAGCACCACCGAUUCAUCAGCGAGGCGGAGAAGAAGUGCCUGAUGUCGCAGGCGCACGUGCAGACAUCGGCCAAGGCGCCGACGAAGCCAGUUUCAAUCUGGGUGCUCUUGCGCAAUCUGCAAGUGUGGAUCAUCAUGCUCAGUUACUUCGUUACCAGCUGGUUCUAUGCGACUCUCAGCAUCACGUUGCCAACCUUCAUGAAGGAAGGUUUUGACUUCGACAUAAUGGAGAAUGGUUUCGUGUCGGCCCUACCAAGCCUGUCCAUGGGUCUUCUGAUCAUUGCUGGAGGAAAGGCGUAUGAGUACAUUCACGUCAACAAGGGCGUGAGCACUACGAACUCACGCAAAAUAAUGUCUUCGAUUGGACUGCUCGUGCCGGCUGCCUGCAUGAUCGCCGUCAUUGUGCUGCCAUCCACCCAGCGAUACCUCAGCGUCGUCCUGAUGUCCCUGGCCCAGGGAUUCUCCAGCAUCGUGAUCUCUGCCGGUCCGGUGUCGGCGGCCGCCGAAAUCGCUCCGCAGUACAUCGGCUUCAUCUGGGGCAUCGCCUCCUCCUUCGGCAACUCCACCGGCUUCCUGGCGCCUCUGAUCGCGGCCGCCAUGACGCCGAAUGGCACUCUGCGGGAGUGGUGCUGGUUCUUCGCCAUCGCCAUCACCCAGAUGGUUCUGCUCAGCGUUCUCAUCGGCCGCCUGUGGAGGUCGGAGGUGCAGCCCUUCGCACAGUUGGAGAACUCACAGGACAUCGCGGAACAGCAUCACUGCGCUGCCAUCACCGUAGCUUUGGAAGAGGUGGCAUAGCCACAUACGGUGUUUAUCUCCUGGAAGCACUCCUGUACUUUUUAUAUAUUGAAUUUUCUCUGAAUAUAUGCGUUCAGUAUUCAU